CGCCCAGAGGUUCGCUCCAGCACAUCUCACACGACACCAUCACCUGAGAGCCAGUCUUUAAUCUUUACUAAUUGUUUUUAGCUUUUAGGGCACAUUAGCAUCUUUAGCCUCUUUGCAGAGUGAGGCUCUCAUACUUUUAUAUCUUUAUUAUCUUGUGUUUUAUUUUAUGAUCUUUAAGUUUUAUGGUUUUAUAAAGUUGGUGAGCUGAAGUACUGAUAUAUGAAUGUACUUGUUAAGCACUGAAAUAUAGUCGCUCUGUGUUGUACUGCAGACAGGAAGUCAGGUUAAAGUGAAUAAAAAUAAAGAAACAGCUUGAAACAUUUUUCUCUGAAUCUUUGUUUCUUGUAAGAGGAAACACCAGGAAACAAGCUCAGCGUAGAGCCGCCCAGAGGUUCGCUCCAGCACAUCUCACACUAUGGGACACAACUGACACAGAUCCACACACUCACCUCACCUCAGGGUAGGGUAACCUACGUAGGGACACUUCCCGGGCCUUAUUGCUGUCAGGUUCCUGAGGCGAGAGGCUGAUAGAAUAAAAUCAUAAUCAUUACUGUGAGUCUUCAUGCGAUUACUUAAUGAACUUUAAUUCAGUGAAAACAGACUUGUGACCAAAUUAAGAGGUGUGACCAAAACCUGUUGAACAAAAUCGAUAAAUUUGAGAUCUAACUAUUUAAAUUUCCUGAAGGGUUAUCCAAGAUGGAGGCAUUUUUUUGACAGGCCAUUGAAGUGAAGGGUGCGGCGUUGAAAUCUCUCUGUCCGUGCACGACUCCAAAGUUAAUGCGUCUAACCCUGAGAUAAUACCCCAGCCUGAGCGAUGCUCAAAAGAUACCCCUCUCCCCUUCCCAUUGCCUAUACUGGAUAAUCUCAGGACUCAUAUGUCGCCUGCAGGUUAGGGACGAGGCCACUGAGCAGAGAUUCACCUGCAGUUGCAAGAAUUAAAGAAGUAUUUCUGUUGUCGACAGUUAAUUUGGCGGCGGCAACCGGACACUGGACAGAGAAUCUAGCCGAACUGACUCCCUGAGGGCAACGGGCACGCUAGCAUUGUCCAAUCGAUCCAUGAGUGCCGCCGCAGCAGAUUUAAGUCCUCAAUAACGCUUCUGAGAACGGCCUGUUUUUAAAGUCACGUCUGUCGAAAUAAAGAAGCCACCGUGCUUCACACCAUGCGGUCGUUCUCUGCUGUUGCCGGCCGACUGUCUACAGUCCUGUAACGUUAUCCUCACCACGCACAGACGCCACGUGUGUCGGCUCAGCUGCCCGUUAAACCACACUGACCUCUGCAUGAUGUGCAUACGUACAAUUUAUCCUCAGGAUGACGUUAGUAGACAGAGUACCGUCUGUAUUUUUGACAGUAUUAAAAUUGUACCGUUAGGAUCUUUUUAAUUCCCUGGUAUAUUCUGAUUCCACCCGAGCCGACUCCUCAGCACCACCAAGGUGACCUUCAGCGUGGCACCAAACUCUGGAGGAACUGGAGAAGGUUUCAGGGUUGAUGGUGUCUGACAGGCAGGUCAGUGUUUGUUUGUGUUCUUGAGAUAUCGUGUUCACAGCGAUGGGACGGACCGACAACCUGGAAUCAUAACGCCUCCAGCUGCAGCUUUGCCUGUGUGGAGGCAAGAUCCAGACCUGAUCCUGGAACAGGUUUGAACUGGUCAUAAACCAACAGCCUCGGGAUCAGACCGCAGCUCAGACGUCUCGCUGACCAUCAGCUGACGGCAGGUCGCCUCCUGAGUUUGGAAAACUGUUGACACACACAGUUUCUUUCACAUGCUCUGAGCUAUGUACCGAACUCUGUUUGUGUUUCAUCUUUAUGUUGGAAGAAACAAUAUUUAAAUAUCGUCAGAGUUCAGACUGACAGGUAAACACAGGACGAGGAUAUAAAAGAGAUGGAGACAGUUCUCACUCACACGGAGGAGGACGAGGAAACACGACAUCACAGUGAGCCAUGCGUCCUGCGGCGGCAGCAGCCAUCACUCUGCUCCUGGUUCUGGUUCACGUCCAGGAAGCUGCAGCCGAAUAACUGCCGCCGUCUGAGAGGUCACCUGGUGUCCAUGCACAACUCUGUGGAGUACAGCCAGGUGCUGUGUUUGGCCUUCAGAGCAAACACACACAAAGACCAUUUCUGGAUCGGUGGGCGGAGCAAAUAUCUGUGGCACAGCUUUCAGUGGACUGACAACACGCCGUUUCACUUUGCGAGGUGGGGCUUUAUGCAGCCGGACAUGGUGUCAGGAGAGGAGUGUGUGGAGAUGAACUACAAACAGUGGGGACUCUGGAACAACGCCGUCUGCUCAGGAAGGAAGUACUACGUGUGUGCCAGGAGGUCCUGAUCAUCAUCUUCAUCACAGGAUGUUUGUUCACCUGAGCAGCAGGUGGAUCAGUGUGUAUCAGUCACUAUGUUCCUGCCUCUGUCUAUGAGAUCACUGUGACAUCACUGUGACAUCACUGUAAGAAGUGAAGAAAAAGAAUGAUAUGAUUCAUUAAAGGAAACACUUUAGAAGUUUAUUUGGAAAUAAAGUGGAACUUACAGGCCGUCAGUCAAAGUAGUUUUUAUACUAAAUUAUUUCUACAUUGUUUGACACUUUGUGUUUUAAAUCACAUGAUUCAUCUGUCAGUGUGGUCAUGUGAUCGAAGGGUUCAGAUCUUUUUAGGGUUUUAAUAAGUUACAGACUUUUAAUAAUCUGUGUGUUUAAUGUUCAGGUGACAGAAAUAUCAUCAUCUGUCUGUGUGCACACAGAGGAGACGCUGCACAUAUUAGUGAGGAGACAGUUUUACUUACUUCACCAAGUUCACGUACUGACGUGUGACUCAUUCAGGACCGCUGGAAUCUGCAGGAUUCAAAAAUGACUCGGUCCAGUCUGGUUCCUUUCUGACUCCAGGUGGGACUCAGGUGAGUCUGGAGGGACCGCUACAACAUGUGAAUCACAUGACUGAGGCAGCCGAAGACACUGAGUAGCCUCACUCGCUCAGCUGUACUGUGAGAUGGAAAUCAGCGAGGACGCUCUCACCUGCUCUAAUUAAUAAUCAAUAAAACUCCACAGCACAGAGAAACAAGGUGAGUACGUAUAAUCUGCAUACUCAAGACGAAGAAGAAAACUCAAGACCCACAUAAACAGGUGUUUUUAAUGAGACAAACCAGGUAUCUUUAAUCCCAACAUGUUUUCCUGACCCUGACAGAUUUAAUUUUGAACCACACAUCAACCGCAGCGCUGUCACCAAAACAUUUAGACAUUAAGUUUCAACAUACUCACGACAUAUGACAUGUGCAGUAAGAUAUCAGUGCUUUGCAGAAACGUACGAUUCCAACAUUUAUUCUCGUGACUGGAUUUAACAAAGCAGAACUUUGUCAGAUCUACACUAUAAGAAAUGUUGAUACAUGCGUUUCUGUUUAAUUCAUUAGAAUUUUUAUUCAGUUUUAUUAAAUGUUUGGGAGAAAAAACAAAA